AAUCUAGCCGUUUAUAUUACUAAAAUAAUGGAAUCAUUCCAUUAUUCCAGAGUCUCGCCAUGGCUGAGAGCACGGAGCAGGCUAGGCCUUUAGCUCCCGCUGCAUUCCAAUCCAUCAGCAAUGAAGAGGAAGCUUUAUCUACCCAAUUGAAGCUUCGACAGCGAAAAUACAUCAAGUGUUGCGGCUGUUUCACUGCCUUCUUCUUGAUUCUAGCCGUUACAAUUCUUGUCCUCUUUUUCACUGUUUUUCAUGUCAAGGAUCCUGUGAUCAGGAUAAGCAACUUACCCCUGGACCAGCUAGAGCUACCGGUGCUACCUAAUGGGACUUUCAGCACAGGUACCAACGUCACAUUAGUAAUUGAUAUUUCAGUGAAAAACCGUAACAUGGCCUCCUUCAAGUUCAACAACGGCACAACAACUGUUUUGUAUAGCGGCACGGUGGUCGGCGAGGGGAUGACUCCGUCAGGAAAGGCCAAGGCAAGGCGUACCAUUCACAUGAACGUUACGGUGAUCAUCAUUCCUGAGAAAAUUUUGCAAGUUCCAAGGUGGGUUACGGAUUUAAGUUCAAAGAAGUUGACUAUGACCAGCAACACAAUAAUUGAUGGCAAGGUGAAGAUACUCGAAAUUGUCAAGAAACAUCUUACGGUAGAAGUGAAUUGCACUAUUACAUACCAUUUUUCAAGCCAGGACAUUGAAAACAAUUGCAGACCACAUUUCAUUUGAGGCCUCAAUUGUUGUGUUUAAUUCUGAUGAUUGAUUUUAAUAGUAACUUGUAUGCGAUAA